UACUUUUUUCCCUUCUUCGUGAGACUAUUCAUGUGAAUUUACUUCUUUGCAUCUGCACUUUUUUUCUUCCUGCAAUCCAUUUAUUAGAACUGCUCGUUGUGCGUGAGAAGGUGUGUGAGACUACAAUGGCCGUGAAGAAGAGCGUGGGUUCGCUGAAGGAGGCAGAUCUGAAGGGGAAGCGAAUCUUCGUCAGGGUGGAUCUCAACGUUCCCUUGGACGAUAACUUGAAAAUCACCGAUGACACCAGAGUCCGCGCCGCCGUCCCCACCAUCCAGUACCUCAUCGGACACGGCGCUCGUGUCAUUCUCUCUUCUCAUCUCGGUCGCCCGAAAGGGGUCACGCCAAAGUACAGCUUGAAACCUCUUGUGCCUAGAUUGUCUGAGCUCCUUGGCAUUGAGGUCAAGAUGGCAAAUGAUUGCAUUGGUGAGGAAGUGGAGAAAUUGGUUGCUCAAAUCCCAGAUGGUGGUGUUUUGCUUCUGGAGAAUGUGAGAUUCUACAAAGAGGAAGAGAAGAAUGAUCCUGAAUUUGCAAAGAAGCUUGCCUCUCUUGCAGAUUUGUACGUUAAUGAUGCGUUUGGAACUGCCCAUAGAGCUCAUGCUUCAACGGAAGGAGUUGCCAAAUUCUUGAAACCAGCUGUUGCCGGAUUCCUUAUGCAGAAGGAGCUUGACUAUCUAGUAGGAGCUGUGACUAGCCCUAAAAAGCCAUUUGCUGCCAUUGUUGGUGGGUCAAAAGUGUCUACUAAAAUUGCUGUGAUUGAGUCGCUGUUGGAGAAAGUGGACUUGCUAUUGCUCGGUGGAGGGAUGAUCUUUACUUUCUACAAGGCUCAGGGGUACAAGGUUGGGUCCUCACUUUUGGAGGAAGACAAGCUUGACCUAGCCACUUCCCUUAUUGAGAAGGCCAAGGUUAAAGGAGUCUCGUUGUUGCUUCCCUCUGACGUUGUGGUUGCUGACAAGUUUUCUGCAGAUGCUAACAGCAAGGUGGUCAGCGCUACUGAAAUUCCUGAAGGGUGGAUGGGGCUAGAUGUUGGGCCGGACACAAUCAAGUCGUUUGGUGAAGCCUUGGAUACCACCCAAACUAUCAUAUGGAAUGGGCCUAUGGGCGUGUUUGAGUUUGACAAGUUUGCUGCUGGGACUGAGGCCAUAGCAAAGAAACUGGCAGAGCUUAGCGGAAAGGGAGUGACAACAAUCAUUGGAGGAGGAGACUCGGUGGCAGCAGUUGAGAAGGUUGGGCUUGCGGAAAAGAUGAGCCAUAUCUCAACUGGAGGCGGCGCUAGCUUGGAGCUACUCGAGGGGAAAAUGCUUCCAGGUGUUCUUGCACUCAAUGAUGCUUGAGAGCACUUCAUUUUUUGUUUCUGCCUUUCAUUGUUUCUUCUUGAGUUUUCCCCUUUGGGUUUUUUUUAAUUAGGCCCUAAGAUAGAAAGUGUGUUGGUGUUUGAAUAAAUUUUGCAGCCAUUUUUUUUGCUUCAUAUUCUGCUGAGAUGGAAAAGAGCAUGCUAAUCCUAGACAUGUAUGGCUUCUGCAUGUUUUAUAUUUGGUGUUUUUGUACAUUAUAUGACGAGUACACAUCUAUCUCUCUGUAGUCUGUACUUAUAUACU